CUGUAUGGUAGAAUUCUUAACUUAUACAUUCUGAUGAUUACUUCUGGACUUGAAACUUGCCAUUUUUCACAACUAUGAGUAAACGCAUGUGUGACUUCAAAAGCACAUUAGCUCUGCCCACCUCGAAAAGAGAGUGAGACGCUCGUGCAGUUGUUCUGCUCCCAACUGUCACGCUGUCUCCAGAGCGCAGAGUGGGAUGUGGGCAGAAGUGUCUGGAGAGGAGGCAGUGCUGGCUGUUGGACUCUAACGGGAAGGAGCCCUGUGUGUCCCGCUAGGGAAUUUGGUUUCAAACCUUCCAGCACAAGGUGUUAGGUGAGAAGGCGAGAUCUCUGAGUGUGUUUUUAUCGGCGUGGUUCUUGCGUCAUUCUGCGGGGUGAUUUGUGCUCGGGAAGGCUGGUGGGGGGAGCAGUUGGGGUGUCACUGAACUACGGCAGGUGACAGCUAGUCGACGUCUGACCUAAGACAAUAACAGGAAAAAUAGAAAUGGUGAGAGCGUGCUGAUGUGAGAAACAGGCGCGGGGAAAAUCAACCGGCUGGGUUCAGAUGCUGCGGGAGAGAAAAACAGAGGACUUGAAGUCGUCACCACAAAGACUGACGUCAAGUGAAACAGGUAGUAUGGGAGGGGGCAGGUGGAAAGAGUGUGGCAGGGAACUAAAUCUGGUGUUGCCUUGGCAGAGAUGGAGAGCCAGAAUGGUAGGUGCAGAAAUGCCCCAGCAUGAUGGAAAGGCUAAUGAGAUCUGAACAGUGGCGUUCUCCGGUGAAAUGGAAAAGCGGCUUUUAUGAGCGGUUGUGGGUUCGUUUGGGAGCGUGUUUAGGACUGCAGCCAAGCAUCUGGGAGUCACGGGCACAUAAGUAGUACUCAAAGCCAGAGAAAAGGGUGAGGGCUGUCCAGAUAGGGUUCCCAUCUUUAGUAAAAGACAAAUAGGACAAUCAGUUAAAUGUGAACGUUGGAAAAACGAUAAAUAACUUUUUAGUGUAUCCCAUAUAACGUUUAGGAUAUACUUAUCCUAAAAAUGAUUUAUUAUUAUUUUUUAUCCUAAAAAGGAUUCACAUUUCUUUAUGUGAAAUUCAAAUUUGGGCACCAUUUAUUACACAUGACAACCGUAUCACAGGCUGCAAACGAAGGCCUGCGGGGACUGAUGGCCAUUGCCCGGCCAGGGGGCCAGGGGCCCAGUGAUGCACAGGGAGCGUGGGCGGGCCAGCGGGAGACCUGUGGCAGCCCCGGGGGACUGGGUUCGGCUGACCCCUGGGGUAUCCGGUAUGCUAAGGUUUCAAAACAUACUAAAAUACAUAUAUAUAUAUAUAUUUUAGUGCAGACUAUCCCAAUUUUAAAAGGGACCACAGUGAAGAGAAAAAACAUAGUGAGGUCUAUGGGUUCCACAAGGCAUUUCAGCCACUGGUUUGCAGCCUCUGAUCCAAUCCCCAGAGAGGGGGUGGGGCAGAUUUUACCCCACACGUUAUAGUGCUUUGCUGUGUGAGGGUAAAUAGUACUAAGGUGUGGGGAAAGGAUGGCAGCAAGGGGUCGAUUCCCUGAGCAAAAGGUAAGAUGUGGGCAGGUCUCCACUGUCUUCCACCCCACAGUCUCGCCCCCUGGGGCCUGGACACCCCCCCUCCCGGCCGCUGGCAGGUGGACAGAGCCCACAGGCCUGCGCCCAUGCCACCAGCCCUCAUGGGGCCUGAGAAAGACCAGGCUCUCCUGUGGCAGGCGGCGGGGACUCUGCGUGGGGCCCUGCAGGCGUCACCAGAGAACUGUGGGCGGAAACUUCCCGAGGUUUGCUCUGCCUCUGGUUGAGGCUUCUCAGCUUCAGAUGCAAAGUCAGUGGGUGUCUCUGAGAAAGACAGAGGAGGAAAGAGAGCGACAGAGAGGUGUUCCCCGGGGUUCUGGAAACUAUAAAGAGAGAGCGGGCUCUCCUGCUCUCCAGCAGACAGCCGCGCCGGCCCGGCCUGGACACCUGCGCUGGGGGCCAGCCCGACCCACUGCCAUGCAGCAGCCCCUGGAUUACCCCCUGUACCCCCACAUCUGCUGGGUGGACGGCAGCGCCAGCUCCCCCUGGGCGCCUCCGGGCUCCGUCCUCCCGUGUCCGUCCUCUGUGCCCGGGAGGCCUGGGCCGAGGAGGCCGCCGCCACCACCGCCACCGCUGCCACCAUCGCCGCCCCUGCCGCCGGUGCCCCUGCCGCCUCUGAAGACGCCGAGGGACCACAACACAGGCCUGUGUCUCCUUGUGAUGUUUUUCAUGGUGCUGGUGGCCCUGGUUGGCCUGGGGCUGGGGCUGUUUCAGCUCUUCCACAUGCAGAAGGAGCUGGCGGAGCUCAGAGAGUCCACCAGCAAAAGUCAUACAGCAUCGUCUUUGGAGAAGCUAAUAGGUCAACCCAAUCUACCCUCUGAAAAAAGGGAGCUGAGAAAAGUGGCCCAUCUAACAGGCAAGCCCAACUCAAGAUCCAUCCCUCUGGAAUGGGAAGACACAUAUGGAAUUGCCCUUGUCUCUGGGGUGAAGUAUAAGAAGGGUGGCCUUGUGAUCAAUGAUACUGGGCUCUACUUUGUGUAUUCCAAAGUUUACUUCAGGGGUCAGUCCUGCAACAACCGGCCCCUGAAUCACAAGGUCUAUUUGAGGAACUCUAAGUAUCCCCAGGAUCUAGUGCUGAUGGAGGGGAAGUUAAUGAACUACUGCACUACUGGCCAGAUGUGGGCCCGCAGCAGCUACCUGGGGGCAGUAUUCAAUCUCACCAGUACUGACCAUUUAUAUGUCAAUGUGUCUGAACUAUCUCUGGUCAGUUUUGAGGAAUCUAAGACCUUUUUUGGCUUAUAUAAGCUCUAAGAAAAGCACUUUGGGAUUCUCUCCACAUGGUUCCUUAUUACAGGCCCUGAAAAUAUGGUCUUGAAUGACAGUCUUCUUAAGCCCACUUGAGAUCAAGUGAGAAGACAUGAGCCAAGAGUAUCUAGAGACCACAGGGUCCAGCAGAUCUACCGUUCCUCAUCUCAUGAGCCAGAUGGGAGGGGGAAUACGACGGAAGAACAUGAGACUUGGGGCUGCCGUGUGAAAUGCAGAGGCAGGAAGAAGCAGCCACCAGGGUGUUCUACACUCAUUUUAAGUGUCCACAAGCAUUUUAGCACAUUGAAAAGGACACCUGUUAACUCACCUCUUGGAGUGGGUCUACUAUCUACCUCGGGGUGGCUGUCUUUCAGAUAUGGAUGUGACAUGAGUGUACAAGGGACGGAAAAAGAGGACUAGGCUUGUGUGAUAAGCUAAAGAGACCGAAAGGCCAGUGUCCCAUUGGAAGCAUGUUAACUUCUGAAGGCAGAGCCUGAGCCACCAGGUGACGCUAACAGAGAAGCAAGGGGGAUCUUUGGGGAAGUUGCUCCAUUCCUCACGCAGCAUGUAUAUUUCCAGUGCAAUUUUAGGUGUGUGUGUGUGUGUGUGUGUGUGUGUGUGUGUGUGUGUGUGUGUGUGCCGCACUCACAUGUAGGUGACUAGAAGAGUUACAUAAGAAGAGACAAUGUGGAACUUGUGAAGGAUAUGUUAGGAAAACAUGGGUUGCAUUUAAUGGUAGAUUUUGAAUACCUCUUGGCAACCAACUCAGUUGUCCUUAAAAUAGUCCUCAAGACUCUUUGAUUGUCACCUGUUGAUGCUGUUCUCCUAUAAUAUAACCAGUAUUUAUACCUGUUGUGUAUUUUAAUAAAAAGAAUAAGUGUAAUAAAAAUUAUAUUUUAGAA